CUAAGCGCUGUGGCUUCUGGGCCCCGGGGGCCGCAACACAACAUACUACGCGCGUGCCCACUUAGGACGGAUGUUCCGUGCGUAGCGAAUGAAUGCCUGGACUCUGAGGGAGCAUUAGCGGGUUCCGGACCGGGUGCACACCCACUCAAGUAUUUGGAGAAGCAGCUUGGAGUUCCCACUUACCAAACGAGAAAAUGAGCAGCCGACGGAAACGUGCUCUCCCCGUAAAGGUAGAUGAAGAAAAGCAGCAGCAGCUCCGCUGGAACAUGCAUGAGGACAGAAGGAAUGAAGCACUCACCUCAACUGAUGAUGAGUAUCCAUGCCCAGGUUCAGCCUCCUCUCCUGCUCAGUUCAUCAUCCUAGGUGAUAGUUUAAAGAAAGAAGUGGCACAUAGUGAUAAAGAGAUGUGUUCAACAUCAGAGAGCUUCUCAAAAUCAACUCUAAAAGAAGGGACUGUUGGCUUAAAUUCCUCUUUGUCUGUAAAGUUGAAUAUUGUGGUUUCUCCCUAUAAUGUCGAUAAUUCUUGGAAAGCAUUUCUGGGAGAAUUAACUCUUCAGCUUCUUCCUGAACAGAGUUUAAUUGAAAAUUUUUCUGAAAGGAGUUUUACAUUAACGAGUUCAGAGUCAAGCAAUCAAUUCUGGAUUUAUGUUCAUUCAGAAUGUGAAAAUGUAGAGAAACAAGAAAAAAAACUCAAAGAACCAGUCAGUAUUUGUGGCAAGGGUAUUCUAGUGGAAUCACCCCUCAGUUGUGAAAUAUUAGAAGAUUUGGGAUGGCUGCAAAAGAAGAGAAGAAUACAACUUUACCAAAGACCAGAAGGAAUUCACAUUAUCAAGGUUGGAAUUUAUCUUUUGGAAGCUGGCCUAGCAAAACUGGACUUUUUCAGUGAUGCAAAUUCAAGAAUGAAAAAGUUCAAUCAGCUCAUGAAAAGAGUGAUAGAAAAGUUAAAUAAUGUUAUGGUUCCAGAUGUGUUAGAAGAGGAUGAGGACAGUUCAGAGAGUGAGCCAGAGGGACAAGACAUUGAUGAACUCUAUCACUUUGUGAAGCAAGCACAUCAACAAGAAACACAGUCUGUCCAAGUGGAUGUCCAGCAUCCUGCAUUGAUCCCUGUGUUGAGACCCUACCAAAGAGAGGCCGUCAACUGGAUGCUACAACAAGAACAUUUCAGAAACACUCCUGCUUGUGAAAGUACCCUGCACUUCUUAUGGCGAGAGAUUGUUACAUCAGAGGGUUUGAAACUCUACUAUAAUCCAUACACAGGCUGUAUCAUCCGUGAAUACCCAAAUUCUGGGCCACAGUUGCUUGGUGGGAUCCUAGCAGAUGAGAUGGGUCUCGGAAAGACAGUAGAGGUUUUGGCUCUGAUUCUGACACAUACUCGACAAGAUAUUAAACAAGAUACUCUCACUCUUCCUGAGGGAAAAGUAGUGAAUUAUUUUGUUCCAUCCCAUUGUUUUGGAGGAAAAGUAAAAGACACAGAAACCCAAAACGUGGAAUUUGAACCAAAAGAAAAAAUUCAUUGUCCUCCUACACGUGUGAUGAUUCUGAAAGCUGUGAAAGAAAUGAAUGGGAAAAAAGGAGUUUCCAUCCUUUCUAUCUAUAAGUAUGUCAGUUCUAUAUACAGAUAUGACGUUCAGCGGAAUAGGAGUCUCCUGAAACGAAUGCUGAAAUGUUUAAUUUUCGAAGGUCUUGUGAAACAGAUCAAAGGUCAUGGUUUUUCUGGGACUUUUACAUUGGGGAAGAAUUACAAGGAAGAGGAUAUAUGUGAUAAAACCAAAAAGCAGGUAAUAGGAAGUCCAAGAAAAAUUCAGAAAGAAACCAGAAAAUCAGGGAACAAGGACACAGAUUCUGAAUAUUUGCCAUCAGACACCUCUGAUGGUGAUGAUCAUGAUGAUGAUGAUCCUUAUUACUAUUAUUAUAAGAGCAAGAAAAAUCGUAGUAAAUUGAGGAAAAAGCUUGUUCUCUGCACACAAAAAAGAAAAAGUCAGCCUAACAUCAAUUGCAAUUCACAAGAUAACUGUCCAGCCACAAGUGAAUCUGGGAUAACUGAUGUUACCAUGUCUGAGAGUACUCAUGAAGUCCAACAAGAAUGUGAAGCAAAGGAACAAACUGAAUCUCUAACCCCUGCUCGUGGUGAUGGGCCACAUUCUAAUGCUACUCAGAUUCCCCAUAAUACCUCUGACUAUCGUUUUGAGUGCAUAUGUGGUGAACUGAACCAAACAGACCAAAAGGCUCGUGUUCAGUGCCUGAGAUGCCACCUGUGGCAACACGCAAAAUGUGUGAAUUAUGAAGAGAAGAAUCUGAAGAUUAAACCUUUUUACUGCCCCCAUUGCCUUGUUGCAAUGGAACCAGUAUCAACAAGAGCAACUCUGAUUAUCUCACCAAGCUCUAUUUGUCACCAGUGGGUGGAGGAAAUCAAUAGGCAUGUGAGAUCAUCAUCUCUUCGAGUCUUGGUAUAUCAAGGAGUGAAGAAAGAUGGCUUUUUACAGCCUCAUUUUUUGGCAGAACAGGAUAUAGUUAUCAUUACCUAUGACGUCCUUCGUUCAGAAUUAAACUACGUCGAUAUCCCGCAUAGCAACAGUGAGGAUGGACGUCGCCUCCGCAACCAGAAGCGCUAUAUGGCUAUUCCCAGCCCCCUUGUAGCUGUGGAGUGGUGGAGGAUCUGCCUUGAUGAAGCUCAGAUGGUUGAAUGUCCUACAGUGAAAGCUGCUGAAAUGGCUCGGCGUUUAACUGGGAUCAACCGGUGGUGUAUCAGUGGCACUCCAGUACAGAGAGGAUUGGAGGAUCUCUUUGGGUUAGUGGUCUUCCUUGGCAUUGAACCUUACUGUAUCAAACACUGGUGGGUUCGACUUCUGUAUCGGCCUUACUGCAAGAGCAAUCCUCAGCCCCUCUACAACUUUAUUGCCAAGAUACUCUGGAGGUCUGCAAAGAAAGAUGUGAUUGACCAAAUCCAAAUACCACCUCAAACUGAAGAAAUACACUGGCUCCACUUUUCUCCAGUGGAAAGACAUUUCUAUCAUCGUCAGCAUGAAGUGUGCUGCCAGGAUGCAGUGGUAAAACUUAGGAAGAUUUCUGACUGGACUCUGAAACUCAGCAGCCUGGACAGAAGGACCGUCACCUCCAUCCUGUACCCAUUACUUAGGCUCAGGCAGGCCUGCUGCCACCCACAGGCUGUUCGUGGGGAGUUCUUGCCACUCCAAAAAAGCACCAUGACAAUGGAAGAGCUGCUGACAUCUCUGCAGAAGAAAUGUGGGACUGAAUGUGAAGAAGCACAUCGGCAGCUAGUUUGUGCUCUCAAUGGCUUAGCAGGCAUCCAUAUCAUUAAAGGUGAAUAUGCCUUGGCAGCAGAACUGUACAGAGAAGUGUUGCGCUCAUCUGAGGAGCACAAAGGAAGACUCAAAACUGAUUCCCUUCAAAGACUUCAUGCUACCCAUAACUUGAUGGAAUUGUUGAUAGCCAAGCACCCAGGGAUACCUCCUACCUUGCGAGAUGGCAGACUUGAGGAAGAGGCCAAACAGCUGCGAGAGCACUAUAUGAGUAAAUGCAACACAGAAGUUGCCGAAGCCCAGCAAGCUUUACAACCUGUGCAACAGACCAUACGUGAGCUCCAGAGAAAGAUUCGUUCUAAUUCUCCUUGGUGGCUGAAUGUGAUACAUAGAGCACUAGAAUUUGCUGUUGGUGAGGAACUUGUUCAGAGAGUAAGAAAUGAAAUAACCAGCAACUACAAGCAACAAACUGACAAGCUUUCCAUGUCAGAGAAGUUCCGUGACUGUAGAGGACUUCAGUUCUUACUUACCACACAAAUGGAAGAGCUAAAUAAAUUCCAGAAGCUAGUAAGAGAAGCUGUAAAACACCUAGAAGGACCUCCGUCUCGUGAUGUUAUUGAGUCUGCAACAAUUUGCCACCUCCGACCCGCCAGACUUCCCCUCAACUGCUGUGUCUUUUGCAAAGCUGAUGAAUUGUUCACAGAGUAUGAAUCAAAGCUAUUUUCUAAUACAGUCAAAGGCCAGACUGCAAUAUUUGAGGAGAUGAUAGAAGAUGAAGAAGGACUGGUAGAUGAUCGAGUCCCUACCACCACCCGGGGUCUGUGGGCAAUAAGUGAAACAGAACGAUCUAUGAAAGCAAUACUAUCAUUUGCAAAAUCCCAUAGAUUUGAUAUUGAAUUCAUUGAUGAAGGGAGUGCUUCAAUGGAACUGUUUGAAGCAUGGAAGAAGGAGUAUAAGUUGCUUCAUGAAUAUUGGAUGGCUCUUAGAAAUCGUGUAUCUGCUGUUGAUGAACUUGCCAUGGCUACAGAAAGACUCCGAGUGCGUCAUCCUAAGGAGCCAAAGCCCAAUCCUCCUGUUCAUCAUAUCAUUGAACCCCAAGAGGUAGAACAAAAUCGUAUUAAACUACUAAAUGAUAAAGCCGUUGCUACAUCACAGCUUCAGAAAAAACUUGGGCAGCUUCUUUAUCUAACCAACUUAGAGAAGUCUCAAGACAAAACAUCGGGAGGCAUUAAUCCAGAACCCUGUCCAAUCUGUGCACGACAGCUAGGGAAACAGUGGGCAGUACUGACCUGUGGACACUGUUUCUGUAAUGAAUGCAUUUCUAUUAUUAUCGAACAAUACAGCGUGGGAUCCCACAGAAGCGCCAUUAGAUGUGCCAUCUGCCGCCAGACCACAUCGCACAAGGAAAUCUCCUAUGUCUUCACCUCAGAGAAAGCAAGUCAGGAAGAGGACAUCCCUGUGAAGGGUAGCCAUUCUACAAAAGUGGAAGCCGUGGUAAGAACUCUGAUGAAAAUACAGCUUAGAGAUCCAGGGGCUAAAGCACUGGUGUUCUCAACGUGGCAAGAUGUAUUAGAUAUUAUUUCAAAAGCUCUCACUGACAAUAACAUGGAAUUUGCACAGAUUAGUCGUGUUAAGACAUUUCAGGAGAACCUUUCAGCAUUUAAAUAUGAUCCCCAAAUCAAUAUUCUGCUGCUGCCCCUGCACACAGGUUCUAAUGGAUUGACUAUCAUUGAAGCAACUCAUGUUCUCUUGGUGGAGCCCAUAUUGAACCCUGCCCAUGAGCUUCAGGCCAUAGGGCGGGUGCACCGAAUUGGACAAACAAAACCUACUAUUGUACACAGAUUCUUAAUUAAAUCAACGAUAGAAGAAAGAAUGCAGGCGAUGCUGAAAACUGCUGAGAGGAGUCACACAAACUCAUCAGGGAAACAUUCUGAGGCCUCCGUCUUGACCGUUGCUGAUCUAGCAGACCUGUUUACCAAAGAAACUGAGGAGCUUGAAUGAACUACAUUUGAUUGAAUCAUCAGAUUUGAGUGAUGAUGAAUUUUCAUGGCUGUAGAGCAAAUCAUUAAGUGGGGAAAAAAAUCCAGUAGAUGUCAGUAAAUGCUGUUCACAGUUGAAUGAAUUUUUUUCUUUUUGCUUGGCUGAACACUGGUCUGGUACUUUUGAGUCCUUUUCAAUAUACUGUUUCAAGGAUCUGUAAAGAUUUAGAUUUAUUUUACAUUCCUAAUAAAAUUUUUAUUUUUGUCACAAAGAGCAACUAUAUCUGAUAAAGCUAGGAAAUUAAAAGAGGUAAUGUGUAUGUUCCUUUUGAUAAUAUCAGUGGUAAAAAGAGUUGGAAUAUGAGGGAAAGGAAACUAAGUCUAGUUUUAUAUGACAUGCUAUAUUCCACCAACAUUUUUGCAAGAGCCUUCAGUAUCUCUACCACAUGAUUCACUAAUAUCUUGUUAGUGACAUUUUAAGGAAAUGAUGAAUUAUAAUAACUCCUAGUUAUUUCGAGUAGGUUUAGACUAUUACUCCAUGCCUAGCAACUUUAUAGUAAUAUAACUCUUAACAAUAAAUUAACAGUAGACAAUUAUUCAUUUUCCUUGCAUCUUACUACCAAAAAUCAAAUGCUGAAAGUCCUUCAUAUUUCUAUUAUAUGUUAAGUGAUGUGAGUAUAGACAGUUAACUCUAACAUUUUUAAAUGUAUUAAUAUUUACCUUGAAAUUACCUAACAGCUUUCUGUACUCUUAAUUUUUCUUACAUUUUUAUAUGUCUUAAGAUUGAUAUAUUGAUAUAUAUAUAUAAAUAUGGUCAUUUUGUGGUUUUCAUUUGUAUUAUAACAUGAAAAUGUUGCAAGAUUUUUUUCUAUCAUUAUUCUACUAAGGUGUUGGAUUUUUUUUCCUUUACCAUGUUCUUCUGUAACUAAAUGUUUUAGCCACUGAUAUCUGCACUUAUGGUAAAGUUUGUUAUUUUGUUUGUCAUUCUUCCUUUCCAAACUAGUAUUUGGUUGAAUGCUUUUGAAUAAGAGAAUGCCUUGUUCAUGUCAGCAAAUAAUUCCAAGUGGUAAAAAUCAGGUGUUUCUUCUGUGAAGAAUUAAUGGACUUUGAAAUCACUAAAUAACAGUUAGCUUGUUGUGUCAUAGCCAUGUGAUGUACUGUAAAUGUUCCUAUUUUAUUUUGUUUUCAUUGAGCCUUCAGAAUUUUAAAUGACCCUCAGGACUCAUUAGCUAGCUCCUACUUGCUGCCCAGAAACUGUAAUAGAAUUAUUCCCUGGAUCUCAUUCUUCCAAGAGGCUUUAUUGGUGCUUAGAUAAGGUGCAUUUUUCUUACCCUAGGUUUAUAGGAUGACAUAAUUCUACUGAAGAAAACACACACACUUUUUUGGUGCUUAUUCUUCAGUUGAAGGGAGAUACGCAUUGAUUCUUUUAUAUGAAAUUAAACAAAGUUAUUAUUUUUGUAGCUCUUUACAUAUUCUGAAGAGCUUUACUAUACAUUUGUGUGUUUAAUUUGCCUGGCAGUCCAAUGAAGGUGAUAUAUCAUUCCUGUUUUAAACAUAGACAGCUGAGGUUCAGAAGUAUUAACUUGCUAUGACUAGCAAAUAAGCAGUGGAGCCCAGGCUUCCUGACUCCAGAUCUCAUGUUCUUCCAUAAAUCACAUCAUGCUGAGAUUCAGAAGGCCCAUGAUUUUAAUUUAAUAAUGAGACUAAGUAUUUCUUUUUGUUUGUCUCCUAGUAUUCCUUUUUGUGUAUG